AUGCCCGAGCUCACCACCCCUCCUUCUCCUAAAAAAGGCGACUUCAUCGACACUCCUCCUACCUCCCCAUGUGAUCAUGAAGCCAUCAUUUCAAGCACAUCUCCCCUCGUCAUUCGAACCUCGAGCCCCGACGAAUUCAGAAGGAAAGUGAAGUCAGUAUUUGCAUCGCUCUAUGAUGAAGAGCCUACUCCGAAGUGCAAGGUCGAGCCUGAGCAGGUGAUUGAACUUGCUUCUCCAUUAUGGAAAGAUGCAGAUCUUGAGCUCGUCCCUGGAAACGAACCGGAAGUUGAAGAGAACAAAGAGGCACUUGAAAAGCCAGGAGUUGAUCGUAUGGAAGCGGUCGACGGACAUUCCGCGAAGGAAAUGCUCCCAUCGCUGGAGUCAACAGACGCCGAAUCACCCGAGAAAACCGCGGAGGAGGUCUUAUCGAUGGCUUUCACAGAAACAGGACUCACUGAAGCAAUAAUCUCCUCUUCAAUCCAUCUUGAUAUGGCUCCUGUAGUCUUAGUUGAUCCAGUCGAAACCAUCCAUAGCGCUAGCUACACUGAUGUGACUGAAGUAUCGCAAAUGGAACACGGACCUAGCACCAUCAAAGGAGAAGCCGAAAAGAUUAAAAUCCGUCACGAGUGGACUGGAACAUGUCAAUUUGAUCUCAUCACCGAGAAAUCAAUCGAACUUCAGAAAGAGAAUCAGCUCGACGGUCUCAUUCUCUACCGCAAGGCACUUGUUCAUGACAUGACCAUUGCGCCCCAUGAUCCCUUCAUUUACAUCGAUCUUGCCAAUCUUGACGCCAAACUUGCCUUUAAGGACACCUCUUCCCAUUACGCGUAUCGCGCUCUUAUGCUUAUCAAGGCUGGUCUUCAAACCAUCACUCUUCAACAAUCCGAACUCUCUCGCUUAGUAUAUACAGCUGUCGCAACUCGGCUUUACACGAGCUCGACAGUAAUAAUUAUUGACGAACUACAAUCGAUGUGUCUUCAAGCUUAUCGUUGUUUGGUCCAAGGAUUAAUGCAGUGUGCGGCAUUUUGGGAUGGCUUGACGGUGGUCAAACUUGGUCUGGAGGAUUUUCCAGGAGAUUUCGAAUUACUCGAUCUUCAAGCAUUAUUGCUUGGAUCUUUCCAGAAUAGACACGAGGAAAUUCUGGAAGACGCCAAGAAUGGAUCAGUUGACAAUAUCACUGCAAGUAGUAGAUCAGGAUUGAUAUAUCAGAAAAAAUACCCGUGGAUGGCUCCAAAGCUUUUUGUCCGAACACCCCGUUUGGUCAGACAAGUCAACUCCACAUUUGAUUCUCUCAAUGCAGAAGUCCGCCCUGUGGUUUUCGGAUCUCCAGGUACAGCUUCAAAAUCUAAAUCACUUUCUGAUCUUCCUAAGAACGCAGAUGUUGGCCCCUUGGGUAUUUUCGCCACACGUGAUAUCGAAGAAGGAGAAUCAAUUUUAGUCGAUAAGACACAUGUAUGUGUUUCGAAUAUCCCGCCUUCGACUGGACAAUUUUGCGAUGCAUGCCAUGCUCAUCUCGCUCUUCCCUUCGUACAACCAAUCCAAAUCUGUCGACCAUCAUGCGGAUGUAACGUAUCGUUCUGUUCCAAAGGCUGUCAUGAUCUUGCCAUCGAAAGUUAUCAUAAGAUUCAGUGUGGUAUCGAUUUCACCUGGCUCUACAAAACUGGCGCGUCUCGAACUGAAUGGGACCCUAGGAUGUUUUUGCGCGUAAUAUGUAUCGUUCUAAGCACACCUGGCUGGUCAAAAGAGUCGACCUCUCAGAAGAACCCUUUGCAACAUCCGCUGCUGGCGAGGUUGACAGCUAAUUACGCCCGUGAUGACGAACAAGCUAUUCAUGGACAAACUUGGUCUUACCAGGAGAACAUAGUCGCACCUACCCGCAUUCUACGUGAUCUCGGCAUUGAUAUUUUUUCUCCAGUCAAGAAGAUACACGAAGGUAAAACCAAGUUUCUGGCAAAUAGCUGGACUCCGGAGCUGAUCCAGUCAAUAUACUGGCGCAUGUUGAACAACGCUAAUAAUAGCGCAAUUGAUAUUCCUGGUCUUCAAUUGGACGAAUCAUUCUGUUCCAUUCGCACGCCCAAAUCGGGACCUACAAUGGCGCACUUGAUCGUAAUCAGUCCUAGCUAUUCGUUCUUCAACCAUAGUUGCAGAUAUAACGUGAUGUGGAACGGUACAUGUUUAAACGGAGCUCAAGACAUAUCGGCACUCCUAGCUGGAGACGGACCAAACCAGGAGGUGCUCAAACCUGGAAGUAGUAGUGUGAGUUGCAGGGCCAAUAGAGAUAUCAAGGCAGGCGAGGAAUUGACGAUCAGCUAUGUGGGUGAUCCUAUGGGCGGCUACAGCCCCAAGGAGAUUGAGCAACAGCCCAAAUUAGCUAUUGGACAAUCAGAAGAUGGUGCCAUGAGUCAUAAAAGAAUCAUUGCUCGUAUUAAACUGAUGAAGUGGUUCAACGAUGCUGGAUGUGGCUGUGGACAAUGUGCCGAGGAAAAUGGCUCGGGAAGAAUGCUGACGAUGGGAAGGGCCUCAUGA